GAGCUUUGAGCUCCCCUCCCCACUCCCCUCUCCCUCCCCGGGGGAAGGCUCCGGCUUUUUCCGCUCCGCCCGCCCGGUGCAGGUGCUCCGCGGCUGCCGGCCGCUUCCUCGCCUCGCUCCCUCCCUCCCUUCUCUCUCCCGGCGGUCAGGGCGGCUCCGAGCCGCUCCUCCCGGCUCCUGCGGGGCGCUGGCUGCCCUCCGCCAGGUCCACGCCGCCGUCCCGCCGCCCCCUCCUCCCGCCGGAGCGGCGGCUCGGCCCGGUUCGCCCGGGGAUGCUGCCCUCAACUCCCCGCCCGCCGCCUGACACCACCGCCGCCGCCGCCCUCUCCGCACCGGACUCCGCUCCGCUGCUCUCUCCGCGGCCACCUGCAGCAAACCGGCUCCCCGCUGCCCGCCUCGCACCGCGGCGGAAGGAAUAAAGAGCUCAGCCCGUCCCGACCUGCCCAGCCGGCGCUCCCUGAGGCCGGGGCGGGCCGGGCCCCGCGGGCUGUACCCGACGGCGGCCGCUUCUCCUCGUCCCCUGCGCGGUUCCACGCUGAUGGACGCGCUGCCGCCGCUCGUUCCCCCCGGGCAGCGCCGCGUCGCCGCCUGAAGAAAACUUGGGACGGGGACGGCCCCGCCCGGGCUGCGGGGGACUCUUCCCCGCACCAAGUUCGCGGGGGGACCCACCCGCCUGCCACAGGACUCCGGCCCGGGGCCGCCGCCCAGCGCUCCCUUCCUUCGGCGAGAGCUCGGCGGGGACCCCCUGCCCCUGGCCUCGGUGCUGGGGAGGAGCUGGGGUGCCCUGGAUGGCCCUGCGCACUGGGACAGCUUGGUUUGGGCAGGUCUUGCGCAGAGUUUCCCGGCUUCAAGGCACCUGGUCCCGACGCUCCAGCAGCCUCCUGUGCCUCUCCUCUUCCCAGGAGCCCGAGCAGGCGGGCGGGGAGCGGCCGCAGCCGCAGCACAAGCUGCCCCGGAGCAGCCGUCAGCCCCCCCGGCAGCUGCCCCAUUGCUGCGGCUGCUGCGGCCUGUCGGAUCCCCGGGCGGCCAGGGGGGGACAUGGUCCCCUCACUCGCCCCUUGCUGGCGGCCAUGAAGAGGCAGAACGUGCGGACCUUGUCCCUCAUCAUCUGCACGUUCACCUACCUGCUGGUCGGGGCUGCCGUCUUUGAUGCCCUGGAGUCCGACAACGAGAUGCGUGAGGAGGAGAAACUCAAAGCCGAGGAGAUCCGGCUCAAAGGAAAGUACAACAUCACCAGCGAGGACUACCGGCAGCUGGAGUUGGUGAUCAUGCAGUCCGAGCCACACCGGGCUGGUGUCCAGUGGAAAUUCGCCGGUUCCUUCUACUUUGCCAUCACGGUCAUCACGACCAUUGGUUACGGACACGCUGCCCCAGGAACAGAUGCAGGAAAGGCCUUUUGCAUGUUCUACGCGGUCCUGGGGAUCCCACUGACACUCGUCAUGUUCCAGAGCUUGGGAGAGCGCAUGAACACCUUCGUCAAGUACCUCUUGAAACGCAUCAAAAAGUGCUGUGGGAUGAGGAGCACCGAGGUCUCCAUGGAAAACAUGGUCACUGUGGGUUUCUUCUCCUGCAUGGGAACACUCUGCAUUGGAGCAGCAGCCUUUUCCCAGUAUGAGGAAUGGAGCUUUUUCCAUGCUUACUAUUACUGCUUUAUAACAUUGACUACGAUAGGUUUUGGAGACUAUGUGGCCCUGCAGACCAAAGGGGCCCUUCAAAAGAAGCCUCUCUACGUGGCUUUUAGCUUUAUGUACAUUCUAGUGGGGUUGACAGUCAUUGGGGCAUUUCUAAAUCUGGUUGUUCUCAGGUUCUUAACCAUGAACAGUGAGGAUGAGAGGCGGGAUGCUGAAGAACGGGCGUCCCUGGCAGGGAACCGCAACAGCAUGAUUAUCCACAUCCAAGAGGACUCCCAGCAUGGUCGGCCACGAUACAAGGCCGAAGUAACAGACCUUCAGUCAGUUUGUUCCUGCAUGUGUUACAGGUCCCAUGAGUACACCAGCCGGGUGGUGUCCCACCAAAAUUCGUUCAGCUCGAAGCUGAACCCCCAGUACUUUCACUCCAUCUCUUACAAGAUAGAGGAGAUCUCACCAAGCACAUUAAAAAACAGCCUUUUCCCAUCUCCUGUCAGCUCCAUCUCACCUGGGUUGCACAGCUUUACAGAUAACCACAGGCUGAUGAGAAGGCGAAAGUCCAUUUAAAGCGAUUUGUCUUCUUUUGCUUUCCUUGUUUUCUCCAGUCCUUCUCUGUUGUUUUGGGUUUUUUUGUUCCUUGAGUGAGACGGAGUGAGGCCAAAGGGAGUAGAGAAAGCCAGUCCUCCUCUGAGACUCAGCUCUUGAGCAUGAAGCAUGGAUUAUUACUGUUCCAGCAAAGUAUGCCUUACAUUACCCCCUCGGUGGAUGUCAGAGGAUUCAAGGUGACGUGAAGUGGGUACCAAAUCCAAAGUUGCACACACAGCUGGGAGCCUUCAUGUGCCACUGGCACUCCUGACCUAAUAAACUAUUUUCCUCAUGGGCAGGUUGCAGCGUGCGUGCGUGCUUAUGUGUGUGUUGGGUGUGUGUGGGUGUGUGCGCGUGCAAUUCCACAACUAGUGCCAUGCGACAAAUAACUAAAGCAUCAGGUAUUAUUUUAUUUUUCCCUUGAGGCAAUUGUGUUCCGGCCUGCUUUUCUCUUUUCGAUUGCUUCCAAACAGAAUGGGGAGGUGGGGAGGGGAGCCAAUUUGUUGUUUUAUUUGCCAAGACAAGCAUGCGCCAUAAGCAGUCAAUAUACCAGGUGUAUCAUGAUAAAUUUUUUAAUGCUAGAUUUUAGAUUGUAUUAUCAUUACAAAAGAAAAAAAAAAAAAGGCAGAAAAUGAUGGAUCAUUUUAACUUGCCAGUUCGAAAUUUAAAAAGUAAAAUAAAGCAUGCACUUUGUAAAACUGGUAUGCAUAAUAAAAACACAAGAAAAACUAGCAAUGGAAUUAAUAAUCAAAAGCAAGUAAUCCUAUUGAUUUAACUAUAUUUUCUUUUCGUCGUUUGUAGCCGUUCCAACAAUUUGUGGAUGGAAUUCCUUAAGAUGAAUUGGAAGAAUUGUUGGGAUUAGGGAGUGUAUUUUGUUGCUUUUAUUUUAUUUAUGAAAAUUAUUAUUAUUAAUAUUAUUUUUAUUUUAUUAUUAUUUUAUUGUGCAGCAGUUACCUGCAUGAAUAGGAAUUCUAUUUUUUUGGAAUGCUUGGAUUAGGAUGGGUAUAAAUAGGUGGAUGUAUAUUUUUUCUUAUAUAAUAGUGACAGAGCAUUCCUUGUUUUAAUAAAAAAUAAAGAUGAUUGUCUCUAAAUGCUUUUGAUUUGUAAAUAAUGGAAAGCCUUUGUUGGUCUCAGGAAGAAUUCAAGGGACAGUAUCUUGUGUUUGGCUCACUGGGAACUUGUGAGAUUAGACGUGAUAUUGCUUCUUUGCUAUGCGGAAAGGCAAAAGGCAUUUAGCACUCAUGGGCAAAAUCAGCUUUACUCCAGUGUUUAGAGGUUAACACUGGGGGCGAUUGCAUUGGCAAGCUGUUGUAGAAGAUGUUGAGAUGUCGUAGAGUUGUUCCUUGGAGAUCAUCCAUUGCUUGGUUACUCAUCUGGACCAAACAGACUUUACAAAACCAAAUUAGAGGCCUAAUCCAGCUCCCUUUUAAGACAAUAGGAAUUUGCAGUGAUUACAUAAGCUUUAGUGCUUUGGGAGAUUUAUCUUUGAUUUGGCAGGGGUAGGACUGGGAAUUUUAUAAACCUGCAACAUUGUCUUUCAUUUAAUCCUAUCUUUUAAAUCGUCUUCUGUGUUAAUUUGCCAUACAAAGCACAUCUUUUUUUUGGCACUAUGCACCUCCUGCUGAUUCUUCCAUUUCGUGCUUUCAGUGUAAAAGCAAUAAUCCUCCAUAUAUUACUAUAUUUAUUAUUUUUUUUCUGGUGGAUAGUGUGCUUUCACAAAAAAAAACCCAGCUCUGAGCUCUGUGUACUGAUGGACGUUGAUAUCCUUUCAAAAGGGCAUCUAUCAAGAUCAUUAAAAGGGAGAAAUAAGGAAUGUCCUUCUUUCUCUGUUCUCCUCGACUUUAAGAUAUUAACUGUAUCAAAUAUGUUUGUGUUCUCAUAAUUUUGAUAUUUGUGUUUCAACAAGUAAAUGAAAAGGAAGGAUUCAUACCUUUAAGUUCAGCAUGUGACUUCCUUUGGGAUUUUAAAAUGCUGUGGCAUGAAAAUCUCCAUUAAGAUUAGUGAAAAAGUAACUUACAAUUCGUAGCGAGAAUGGACGAGAAUGAAUCCAGAAUCCAGCCUAGCAUAUGGGAAUAACUUUCAUCAGUGUAGUAGGGGAGCAUGCUGGGUGCAUUAAUGAUGUGCUGCUUGUACCAUGUCCUGAAGCAAAUGCUUAUGGCAAAAGUGUUGAAGCAAGUGCACCUAGAAAAGCAGCUUCAGGAUGUAUUAAAGCACUCCAGUGAAAACCACCUAGAAGCUGGUUUCCGAAGAGCAGCCCAUAGGGUUCACAGUGCUGUCAAAUUCUCUCUCAUAGAUUUGCUGACAGUAUCCCAGAACGGCAAAUAAUUGUAGGUUUCUUGUUCUGCUGAGGAGAUAUAAGAAAGAGUAUGUACAUGUCCACGUCAUGUAGAAGUGCUGGUGUAUACAUGACACAUGGGAAAAGCAGGAAACCUUUGGGAUGUUACAGAUUUCAGGAGGGUGAAAUGCCAUCUGCCUGUUAAAGAAGAACAUUCAUAACAGGACUUGCAGCCGAAACUUUGAACAGUUUUGCCAAAAAGCAGUUACAUUUUUGAAAGCAUCGCUUCACUUUUCACUUUUUUCCUUUAAGAAAAAGCAAUUUCUAUUUCUGCUCAAAAAUUCCAAAAAUAAUUUGGAAUGUCCUGUAAAUCGUGUUGAACUCUGGAAUUUCAAAGCUGUUACAUAUUCCAGCUGAGUUAUUACUCAUUCUCCUCUCUGAAACCAUAAAUAAAGUUAAAUGAAGGGUACAUUUUAGUAUAGGUGGUAUUUAACCAGGGGAGCCUCUUAUUCAGGGGCUCAUGGGUUAUCUGCCAAUUAGAGUCUUUGCAUUAAAACACGGUGGCUUUCAAAAUGCUCUUGUACAGCACAGUCAUAGUUUAUGGAUGUAGAUGAUAAAAUGUGUGUGUAUGGAUAUGAAAGAUCCAUAUCCAUAGUGAUACUUUUCAGUUAGUGAGUUUGUGGGAGGUGCAUUUGGGAAUAAUAUCUGCAUUUCCUAGGGUUUUAACAUUAUUCUCAUGUAGUUCUACUUUCUGUCUGAAGAACUCGGGAUUCUGUCCAUUCCAUAUUUCUGGUGCACAUAAGGCAGGAUAUUUCCUUCUGCAAGCUUCCUUGCAUUCAGAUGUUCACAUGAGCUCCUACAGGACUUUUCCUUGUGAGCAGCCACGAACACAACAACGCUUGUGUGACGCAUCAGCAAAAAAGGCAAAAUAUGCUGAAAAUGCUUCUCUCUGUCUUGUUUUUUGUGGUACUUGACUGAUGUGUGAAUAAUGGCUCAGGCUGUCUGGAACUGGAACAGGCAGCAUUAUAAAGAAGUUGCUUUUGUCAGGGGUUAAUACCAGCUUUUUAGUAGAAAAUGUAAAAUCAGUCAAUGAAAGGUGAUUUUUGUCUCUUCCAUUUCUGACUGCUUACUGACCUAUGUGAAUAUCAGCUUUCUUCCCACAGUGCUGCUUUACACAGCAUAUUUUCUCUGGUACAACAUGAGUUUUAUUCCACUUAAGGUAUUACUUCUUUCAGGAGAGCCUUUCUUUCUCUCUGCUCGCUCUUUAGAAGCAGGUCUACUUAUGAGAAGACGUUCUAAUAUCCAAAGUACCUAACCUGUGUUUCCACAGCACACAGACUUUUGAUAUCACUUUGUGAUGCACUGUCAUUCCCCCAGAGUCUCAUUUCCCCUAUUAUUAAGCAUUAGAAAUAAUAAUAAUAAAUCAGAUUAAUCUAUUUAUGUCACACUAAUGUGCUGUUCAUCAAAACAAUACAAAUUUAGCUCCCUGCUGUCAACCUUGAUUACAUAACAACCCUAUUAUCCUAUCAUAUUUCAUAUUAUCAAAGGGAAAAAAAAUCAGUUUGAUCAGUGAAGCACCAAAAUAGCUUUGUCUGAGCACGCUGUGAUAUGGAAACAAAAGGGGAAACAGUAGAACUCUACAGGCACAACUCUGCUUGGUCUGCAUCACUGCUCAAGGAAGAUCCCAACUGAUCUAACUAGGGCUUCUUUGCCAGAACUUUGUAUAUAUAUAUAUUCUUUACGAAGAUAAUUGUAAUGGGACAUACCCAGGUGGGGUGUCUGGAUGUUAGUUAAAGGAUUCAGAAUAGGUUCUUGAUUGUUAUUGUAUGGAGAAGAUGUACAGUAGUAUUCAGCAAUAGACUUCUGUUGGGACUCCUCUGUAGAAUCAGAAUCAUCUGCUGUAUUAUAGGUUGUCUCAUUGGUUUCCUAGUGCUUUGAUCAAAGAAAUGCCAGAGCAGUAAUCAUGAUUUCUGUGUAUUCAUCUUGAGCAGGGUAAUUUCUUAUUUUAUCUGACAAGUUUGAAGCUUUUGUUAUGGAAGAGAAAAAAAAAAAAAAAAAAAAAAAGGAAUCAUUUGUUGUAGGAAGCUUAAAAAAGAGCAGCCAAUGCAGUCAGGAUGGAGAAGAGAAUUGUUCCAGAAUGAUUUGCUGCUCUACAGACCCUAGAGCAAGGUCUUGGGUGGAGGUACCUUUCAGUUGGAGUUUAUGUCCUCAUUUAACUUUAUGUAAUAUUCCUGUUAAUAUUAGGAUCCAAUUAAGACAGUCAUUUAAAAUCUUUAUGAGGAAACCAGACCAGAAAGAUGUGUUGGAGAAUGUCCAUUACACUAAUGUUAUGGACUUUUUAAUGCAUAUUUCAACAAGACACUGUUAUUGACUGGAAUUUGCACAGAUUACAAUGAGAAUCGUGCCACAGCUACUGUCAACAACCAGAACUGCAUAAUAUUCACAGAGCUGAAAAAGAAAUAGUCUUUCUAAGCAGCCUGCCUGUCAUCUGUCUUUAAUAUCAAACUUUAUUUUGGGAACUUCAGUAAGACAAACCAUAUGAAAAGGCUUAGCCAACAUAAUGAUGCACCAAAGUAAAAAUAAAUGGAAUAAUGACACUGGACACAGAGAAACUGAUUACAGAUGGAAGGCACUUUGGGAUGCUUGUGCUAGUUAAUCUGAGCUCUGAGACCGAAUUAGAGCCAUGAAAACUGUUGGCAGCCUUUGCCAAAACAUGGUUUGCAAUUAUUGAAGAUAUGGAUAACAUCUACAUGGGAGCUUUCACCCAAAAAACUAGUAGCAAGGCAAAAAUUAAAAAAAGAAAGAUGAAAAGAAAGACAUUGUUCUCAAGAGGAGGGAUAGUUUCCAGUCAAAAACACCAGUGAGGUGAUACUGAAGACUGUCAUACUUUGAUCUGGGUAGAAUCGUACUGGGAGAUAUUCUCUGCUCAGACGUGAUCUAUGCUUGGCCUUAUUAGCUUGAACAAAGAUUGUUUUUGUGGAUGAUUUUGCUCUCCUCUCCUGUUUCCUAACCCAUAUCUGAGUUUACAUUCAUAGCUCUCCUGAUCUGUUGGUCAGGUUUUUGCUGGUUUCUUCAGUGAAAGCAAGACCCUAUUCAACCUGAGUAAUGCCGAUAUGUUUUGCAUACCUUAGGUGGAUGUUACAGCUGUUGAGCUGACCCUAGUUGGACUGUCCUCAGGCACUGGUGGCUUUAUGUUGCUGUGAACUGGUAAGCUAAAACUGCUGAGGGCAAUUUUCUGUCAUGUAGUCUUUCAGUAUGGUAACCCUGUCGAUUUGGUUGCAGCAUCCAAAACUAGGAUGAGUCUCAAUUUAUACAUCUCUUCAUUAUACAUCUCUCUCAUCAUCUCUCUUCUUAUACAUCUCUCUCAGGCUCUUUCUACAUAUUCUAAGAUGUGUCUCUAUCUCCAACUGGUGCUUGUGUGAACAAAUUUUCCUAAACCUUAUGAUGGGAGUAAAAAGACUUGAAGAUAGCAAUCAACACGGACAACUUACGCAAUUGUAGUUUGCAUUAUGGAAUCCAGGCAACCAAAGCUGUCUGCUAAUUUUAGGCUUGAAAUAUCAUCCCCAGAGCCUUCAGCAUUCAGUUCUCUCUCCUUUUGUGAACAUUGUAAUUAGCAAAUAUUCCAGAGCCCUCCUUCACCUUACUCUCUGACAGUGUAAGGAGUGCUGCCAUACGUUAAUACUCAAAAGAGACUGGAAAGACAAAAAGUAGAAAAAAAAAGAAAAAAGAAAGAAAAAAGAAAAAAUAAUGCUGCGAUUUUAUUAGUAAUUAAUAUUCAGAGUUCGAAGCUCUUUCAUCUUUUAGAUCACUUUGAGAAAUGCAGAGGAAACAGCAGCAUGAUAACAUUUAUCAUAGCUGGCUAAUUCACAAGUGGAACAAGCAAAUAUAAUAAUUGAAACUAUGCACCAUAAUGCAUCUUCCUUGUGCAUGAGUUCUGAUACUGCUAUCCUGGCUUUGAUUCAUCAUUUAUCUAUUCUUUGGAACAGCUUGCAGUAAUUGCUCUAUCCAAAGCACUAUACUUGAGGCUAGAAGAAAGAUCCAUUGCACAGGCAGUGGCCCCUCUGGCUUUCUUUAUAUUUCCCUCCCUCCUCUACCCAGACAUUAACUCAUUAGCUUGCCAUUUCGUAGAUGUAUGUUCAAACCCAGGAUCACCACAUUCUGUACUUUCCCCCGUCAUGUAUUAAUGAAAAGCAUUAUGUUACUGAACUGCACCCCGGGGAAGGAAAUGUUCCACUCUAAUUACUACUGACAAAAGAAAUCUACAGAUGGAUUAAAAACAAUAUGCGGGUAGUCAAAUACAAAAUGUGAAGUCAUUGGUGAGACCACAUUAUGAUGUUGAUGUAAAACUGGGAGCAGGAAAAAUUGCAUCUCCUGGAGCCUCUUCCCUCCACUGUCAUUGGAAGAGAUCAGAAACAUCCAUCCUGUUGCCCGGUUAAAAUCUGUACUGAGGCUCAAAAAGACUUGGAUUGUGGUAUCCUUGCUCAUCUCUGAUAUCGCAUCCUCAUAAUUAUUCGUUAUUAUUUUUCAUAAUUAUUGUUAAAAGGCUAAUUAAUUUGAUAACAUUAUUUAAUUAGAUUAGCUGAAGUGGAGCAUGUAAACGGUUUGGCCUCCCAGAAUCUGAAAUCUGAAGUCUAUGAAAUAGUUUCCAAAAGACCUGCUUAGUAGUGUCACUGUUGACAUGGAGGUCAUGCCACAGGUGUCCUGUUGGCAAUGUCAUCUUGGCACAUUGACUGGAGCUGCUCACGGGAACAUGUGAGGAAAGGAUUUUAGCUCAGAUCUGAUAUAUGGAGUGAUGUCUUUAACUCCCACUGAACUAAACAACAGUUUAAAUGUAUUUGUGGAGAUAGGCUUUCAGCCUGAUGUUGUCUUACUUGCAGAGAAAAGGACCAGUGGUGUGUCUUAGAGAGAUGGCAUGAUCCAGAGGGUUGAUCUCAGGGCUGUAUUUCAGGAUGGAGCUUGGUACUGGUACCCUUUUAGAGCAUCCCUGAAGGUUCUCAGCUGUGUUCUUUGAGAUAGCUAGAGCUUCUAAGGGAUGGUUUGCAAACUGGUCUGGAACACCUAUUGAAUGGAGUUGGCACAGCUGAGUUCCUCCAUCACAAGCUGGAUUGAUGAGGGAGUUGAUUUUAUAGCGUAGCCUCCCAAGGUUGAGGCUUAUUUCUAACACACUUUUCCAGUGGACUGGGAAAGAGUUCAGAGCAGCAAAUGCCUGGGAAUCCAAGAGUAGGGCCAUCUGCAUAUAUAUAUAUAUAUAUAUUUUUUGUAAGAUAUGAAUAACACUGCAUGUCCUCUUCAUUGGUGAGUUGCAAAGGUUUACAAGCAAGUGUCUGUCUAGGACUUUGAAAUUAGCGUGUGGUGGAUCUCAUUGCUCAGCAUUUGGCUUAGAAAACAAUUGUGAUAUUAUGUAGGAGAGGGGAAAAGCAACACUCAAGAAAGUUGUACUUUGAAAAAGGAGGCAGAUUAACAUUUAUCUUUUUCCUUUUCUCAUUUGUGACUUCUCUUGAGGCAUCUCACCUGUUACAGGAAUCAAAUCUUUCCAAUGUCACAAACAAGUCAAUGUUUCUAUUAUGUUGGUGGCAGAGCCUUCAGACAGAUCCAUAGUCUUUGUUUUUUCCUGGUGUUUCUUUUAAAGAGCUUUUAAUGCUUCUCUGAUGUCUCUGAUUAGAAGCAGUACUCAGCUUCUUGGCUCCAUUUGUUUUUCAAUGACAGCUCUUUCCACAGUGACUACUCUUUAUAGAAUUCCUGUCACAUACAUUUUCCAGCAAAGAUGGAUAUCAGAAUGCUCCUUCUUAGUGUAUAUUUUCAAUUCCCAGCAUGGAAUGAUGCUGCAGUCACAGAGAACAGUAGGAAACUUCUCUUUAUUGUUAAUACUGAGCUGUUUCUAUUCUUUUCUGAAGAUCAGUGCAAUAGAAUCUGGUGUGUUCACUACUGAGAACUCAACACAACUUCGUGAUCCUGAUCUUAUGCUGAUUUACCUCCUUUUUGACCGCUCAGCUGCAUUUACACUGUGCCAUCUAAUUUAUGUAUCUGUUGUUAGUGCAGGAAUCUUAUGCAGAUACUGCAGAGUAUGUACACUAACUGUAACAGGAUGGAGAUCCGCGUAUAAAGGUUACAUGAGGGUUGAGACACUGUUGUGUUAGCGAUAGAUUCUAUUAAGAUAUUUCCUGGGUAUCACUCUCGGCACCUCUCUCUUAGUCUUUCACAAUUUUGGUCGGUCCACCCAAAGUUUGUUUGGGUGUAAGCGCUGUUGGGUUGAACCCUGUAUAAUAAAAGCAAACUCUUGAAUAUUCCAGGAGGAGUUCUGUCUACUGCAAACUUUUUAUAACAAGUAGCUAAUAAAGAGAAGUGAUGAGAAACUGGCUCAUUCUUUAGAAUGCAACCCUAACCUGCAUUCCUUUUAUAGAAGGUAAAAGCAGGAAGGUUCUUAUAAUGUGCUAUACAACCAAUACAACCAAUAAUCCAGCUGCUGCUUUUUUGCCAGGUCAGGAGUGAUCUGUGGAAGAAAAAAAAUGUUUUCUUUUUCCUCUUCCCUUGACUUGUUAAGAUUUGUGUGGCUGUUUGUUGCCAUUGAGGAGUAUGGACUAAAACUUUUGAUCUUAGUGCUAUGACGGCAAAGGAAAUUAUUUGGAGCUGGAUAGGUCAAAGGGGAAUGGGAGGGGGGGGGGGGGCUUAAAAGUUGUUUCCAGUAGGCCAAAAGAAUGUGGAUACUGUCUCUUCAAGGUGCAAUUUCUUACUUCAACAAACUGUUCAUCUAAGAGAAACAGGGAUGAAAGUGUUCAAUCUGGGACCUGAGGAGUUUGUAUGGAAAUUCUUGGAUUUCUUCCAAACACACAUACAUGUUGAAAUUAAAUUGCGAUUCCUACUAUGGAGACUGAGCCUUCCUGCUCAGACAGAAGCGUGUGUGUAUGUGUGUGUUUGUGAGUGCGUGUUGAUGCUAUGUCUCUUUUGGAUCUCUUGACACUUUUUUGGUGCAUUUUUGUACUUCUUUGAAUGUGCAUAUGCGUACUUACCGAUGGCAUAUUGACGGCAUUCUAAAGGCCCUCGACAGCCUGAGACAGAGCAAAAGUCUCUUCAUUUCUGCCCUGGUUGAUACAUUUUCUGUGCAGCACACGGAGCAUUAGAAGCAUCGUCCUCUGGAAAGAGGAACGCUGUAGAUGCUGUGGACUGCACUGAGAAUUUACCUCCUGUAAGCAGUUUUCUCUGCUCAUUUCAGACCUCUUAACUUCAACGUAGUUGUUGAGCUGGUCCUAGCAAAGGAGAACGAGAAGGUCAUAAGCAUCAAGAUGUGAUUUGUGAAAUCAGUGAUAACUUGAUGACAGAGAACCAAAUUAAAAACUCUUUUGUGUUUUUCAUUUCUUUUUUCUGGCCUUCUCCAUAAUGGGAGAGGAUGCCUUCACGCAUGGCCUUAGAAUGCCGUACUGGAGUUAGAAUGCAACAAAAGUGAGACGAAAAUAAGAUGUAUUGCAGCUUACAUAAAGAAUGAAAACUGUAUCACACAAAUGUUUACAAGUCCAAGUAGACAGCGAACCCCUGUACAAUAUGUAAUUUAUGCAAGGGAUUGCAUCUUUCUUUUGUAAUGAAUGCACUAAGCAACCCUGUAUAUAUUUUACAAUGUCUUUACAGAGAAAAAAAAGAAAAAAAAAGAAUCAUUUACUGUAGUGUUGUAAAAUAAUGCACUUUUCUAAUUUUUUCAUUAAAAAUCCUAUGGCACGUUUUCAAAUGUACAUUGUUUCUUUUAUAUUGAAUGUGGAAAUGUUAACUUCCUGUAAAAUUGCACUACAGAAGUAAAAUCCACUGAUGGAACCUAUUUUGUUAAAGAAAAGUUCCUUGACAACCAACAGAUGUUUAUGAUAAUACAGUAUGUAUGUGUGUGCAUAUAUGUGCAUACGGUGUGUAUGUAACGUAUGUAUAUGCACACGCACACAUAUCUAGUGCUAUGUGUAUAUAUAUAAAAUGAUAUAGGUCCAGAUUUAUAUAUGAUUGUAUUAAUAUAAUAUCUAUAGAUUGAUAGAUAUAUAGAUAUGUAUAUAUAUUCAUACAUACACUCAAGAAACACAAUGUAAAAACUCAGAAAGGAUUACUCAUUAAAUUUAAGGGGGUCGGGGGGAAGAAAGAUGUCAUAUACAGAGGAUAUUUUGCAUUGCAAUAAAAGCUUUUUUGACAAAAGUA